AUGGAUACGCCGUUAAGCAACGGAACUCCCGUUGGAGGCCCUGUCGCGGAGGACAAUAUUAUCAAUAGAAGAGGUGGCGAGUCUAUCUAUCAGACUUUUGUGCAGUUGAAGCUCCGUCUCGCUGAAGUUCCAGGUUUCGAGGCGAAUCUAGCAGAUAUGGAAGCAGAAGAGCUCGCGUCGGGCGAUCUAGUCGCCUCACUGUGGAAUUGUUUUCGAGCUGGUUAUCCCCUUCUCACCAUUUUCAACGCCUCGCAGCCAGACGAGCUUCUUGAAAUCGACCCGGAAAAGGUCCCUGAGGCUAAGCGACCCAAAGCCGCCACUUUCAAGUUUUUACAAGCCUCUCUGCAAGACUUGGGCUUCCCUCAACAAGACUGCUUUCUGAUUACCGAUCUCUACGGUGAUAACAUAACAGGAUUUCUCAAGGUCAUAAAAAUGGUAAAUCGCGUCUUAGAUAUCCUGGAGAUUCAGGGCCGGCUCCGACGACCCUCUACCGCAGUGGCGGGUACACAAGGAGGUAAAGGGGGCACCGGAAAACUUACAAAGCGCGAACAUAUUCUAAAGGAAUUACUCGAAACGGAGCGUGAUUACGUUCACCAUCUACAGAAUUUGCAGGCCCUGAAGAAAGAACUCGAGGAGACUGGUGCUCUAACCGGCGAUACUAGCCACGAGAUCUUUUCCAACCUAAAUAAUCUGCUGGAUUUUGCGCAAAGGUUUCUCAUUCGAAUGGAGCAGCAUUAUGCAUUAUCUGAGGAACGACAAGACUGGGGCCACGUCUUCAUUGAAUCAGAGGAAGCACUUCGCCAAUAUGAGCCUUUUAUUUCGAACCAGCUUACUUGCGACGAUGUUUGUUUGCGUGAAUGGGACAAGAUCAAAUCUGCUCCGCGUUCGCUUGAUCUCCAGCAAAUGGUUGCGCAGCCCGCAACACUGAACAGCUUCUUCGUCAAGCCAUUUCAACGACUUACCAAAUAUCCUCUUAUGCUUUCGGAACUUCGCAAGCAAAUGGAAAACGAAGAAUUGCAGGCUAGUAUCACCAACGCGAUCGACAUGAUUCAGUCUGUUCUAGACUGUGCAAACCAGGCCAUCGAUGCCGAGCAUCUCAAGUCUGCAAUGCAUGAUCUCGCCAAUCGGGUAGAUGAUUGGAAGUCACUCAAAGUGGACGCUUUUGGAAAUCUUUUACGGUUUGGCACCUUCACCGUAUUGAAAGGGGACACCAACAAGGACACUGAACGAGAAUAUCAUAUCUACCUGUUCGAACGCAUUCUUCUCUGCUGCAAGGAUGUUAACCCCAACAAGCCAAAGAAUAAGCUCAUGGGAUCAUCAAAGGAUAAACCCUCUGGAAACCUCAAGGGCAAGCCACGCCUGCAGCUCAAGGGCCGAAUUUAUAUGGCAAAUGUUACAGACAUCGUAUUACUUCAGAAACCUGGUUCCUACCGAAUUCAAAUAUUUUGGAAAGGUGAUCCUGGGGUUGUCGAUAAUUUCAUCAUUCGGUACUCCAACGAGGAUAUAAUGAAGAAAUGGCACAAGGAUAUUGAUAUGCAGCGGGAGGAACAAUCUAGCCAGCGCAACACUCGAAACACCGGAACUUCAGACUCGGAAUUCAUGUACAUGCAGAACAUGCAGGGAAUGAUCAAUCCGUAUCAGCAAGAAUAUGAUGCGGAUGAAGAUUCCCAGGUCCAGUCAGGAUCUUUUUCGGAAUUUCCAGUCAGCAGAAAUGCUUCGAGUACCAGUCUGCGAGCCAGGUCAGCAACUGGAGGAAGUGCUGGCUCCAUCGCUCUUCCUGCUGCACGCCCACCGCCCCGAUUCCCCCUCCCGGAUUUACCUCCAGCCCUUCAUACACAGCUCUCCAAUGGUAAUCUGUCACCAGGCGAACGCAUUCUUGGCACGUCAUAUUUCUCACCUGUGACGGAAGUGCCUUCAACACGCUCUAGCUCCCAGUCAGCGUAUAAUUAUACUAGGCAGAUGACGCCAACAAAUACGUGGAAUGAGGAGUCCAAUCGGUAUACAGCCCCGGCUUUAUCAAGAGUAGUAUCGAGGGAUGGGAACAGUAACCCUUACUUCAACCAUUCAAGUAGCAAUGGUGCCAACGGACGAGUACAGCGCCCAUCUCUACCUCCACUCUCUGGCCAGAGCCAAACGUCGCAACAGAGGAUGCGUUCAGCUAGCAGCCCUGAUAUCCACAAUCCAGCUCGGUAUGUAAACGGGCACACUCACAGCAUGCAAACGAUCGACAACGUACCGGUCCCUCCUAUUCCACCACAACUUGCAGGCAUGAGAGCACCGGUCAGUCGAAGCCAGAACAACUCCCCCACCAAUGGCAAUCUGCCGAUUCGGUCUGCCACCACGCGACAUGUUCAGUCUGGUGGUUAUCAGGAUCAUCCAUACACCUCAUCGUUGGCAACCAGCCAGUCAUCACUUUCAGAUAACUAUCUUGUCGACUCUGGCACUCUUGAUCCUGAUGCACAGAUGCCUCAAGGCCCAGUCAUGCCGACUCAAUUAAAAGCAAAGGUCAACUUUGACGACAACUACGUAACGCUCGUUAUCGCCAGCAACAUUCUAUUUCGAUCCCUGACUGACCGGGUUGAUGCCAAGCUUGCACGGUUUACGAAUCGCUCCAUUGGAAACAAGUCCGUUCGUCUACGUUAUAAGGACGAAGAUGGCGACUUUGUCACUAUUGACAGCGAUGAGGCCGUUCAACUUGCAUUCAUGGAGUGGAGAGACCAGCAUCAGGAAAGCCUCGCCCAAGGUCAAGUAGGCGAGAUCCAGCUGUUCUGCCAGGCAGUUGAGAACUAA